AUGACAGCCGGGCCCAAGAUGCGCGCCGCGGUGCUGGCGCUGGCGCUGGCGCUGCUCGCCGUGGCGGUGCGCGCCGAGGACCCCUACCUCUUCUUCGACUGGAAGGUGGCGUACGGGACCAAGUCCCCCAUGGGCACGCCCCAGAAGAUGAUCCUCAUCAACGGCGAGUUCCCCGGCCCCACCAUCAACUGCACCUCCAACAAUAACAUCAUCGUCAACGUCUUCAACCAGCUCGACCAGCCGCUCCUCUUCACCUGGCACGGGAUCCAGCAGAGGAAGAGCUCGUGGCAGGACGGCAUGCCGGGCGACAUGUGCCCCAUCCUGCCGGGCACCAACUUCACCUACAAGAUGCAGUUCAAGGACCAGAUCGGCACCUUCUUCUACUACCCCAGCAUCGGCAUGCAGCGCGCCGCCGGGGCCUACGGGCUCAUCAGCAUCCACAGCCGCCCGCUCAUCCCGGUGCCCUUCGACCCGCCGGCCGACGACUUCGGCGCCCUCGUCGGCGACUGGUACACCAAGGACCACACCGUGCUGGCCAAGAACCUCGACACCGGCAAGGGCAUCGGCCGCCCCGCGGGGCUGCUCAUCAACGGCAAGAACGAGAAGGACGCCUCCAACCCGCCCAUGUACAACGUGGAGGCCGGCAAGACGUACCGCUUCCGCGUCUGCAACGUCGGCAUCAAGACCACCCUCAACGUGCGCAUCCAGGGCCACGUCCUCAAGCUGGUGGAGAUGGAGGGCUCCCACACCGUGCAGAACGAGUACGACUCCAUGGACGUCCACAUCGGCCAGUGCCUCUCCUUCCUCACCACCGCCAACCAGAAGCCCGGGGACUACUUCUUCAUCGCCUCCACCCGCUUCAUCAAGGGGGUCAGCACCAUCACCGCCGUGAUUCGCUACAAGGGGUCCAACACCCCGCCGGCGGCCAAGCUGCCGGACGCGCCGGACGGAUGGGCCUGGUCCAUCAACCAGUGGAGGUCCUUCCGCUGGAACCUGACGGCCAGCGCCGCCAGGCCCAACCCGCAGGGGUCCUACCACUACGGCCAGAUCAACAUCACCCGCACCAUCAAGCUCUCCCCCAGCCGCGGCAAGGUCGACGGCAAGGAGAGGUACGCCCUCAACGGCGUGUCCCACACCGACCCCGAGACGCCGCUCAAGCUCGCCGAGUACUUCAACGCCACCAAGGGAGUGUUCGAGUACAACCUCGUCACCGACACGCCGCCCAAGGAGGGCACGCCCAUCAAGGUCGCCCCCAGCGUCAUCACCACCGAGCACCGCACCUACAUUGAGAUUGUCUUCGAGAACCCCGAGAAGAGCAUCGACACCUUCCACCUCGACGGCUACGCCUUCUUCGCCGCCGGGAAGACAUACAACCUCCUGGACACGGUGAGCCGGCACACCAUCCAGGUGUACCCGAGGUCGUGGACGGCGGUGAUGCUGACGUUCGACAACGCCGGGAUGUGGAACUUGAGGUCCAAUCUGUGGGAGAGGUACUACCUGGGCGAGCAGCUAUACGUGAGCUGCACCUCGCCGGCCAGGUCGCUCAGGGACGAGUACAACAUGCCCGACAACGCCCUCCGCUGCGGCAAGGUCGUCGGCAUGCCGCUGCCGCCGCCCUACACCAUCGCAUAA